AUUCUUGUCAUUCUCAGCAUCAUUGUCAUUUUAGUUACACCCAUAUAGUAAUUUAGUAUAUACAUAUAUAAUAAUAUAAACUUAAUAAUAAAAAAACUCCAACUGAUAAGCUUACAAACCGUAAACGCCUUUUAUUUGCACACCGGAUGAUGAUAAAAGGCGCAUUGUUUUAAACAAUUCAUUUUCCAAAGUGUAAUUUUUCAGCAGUGGAAAAAUUGGAAACUGAAAAAUCUGACACAAAUGCCAUAAAUGGCACAUGGAUGAAUUGAAUGUUAUUCCAAAGUGUUUGCUGGGAAUAAAAUUGCAUUGGAGAAUAUAUAUUUUAUAAAUAUAUACAUGCAUGUGUGAAUCAUCGUAAAUGAAAGUGUUAUUAACCGAGAAGUGAUCUUAACCUAAAAAAAAUCAUUUUGACAAGUGUAUAAUAUUUUUGCCAAAAUCUGUGGUUUUUCUAAACUCUUCAAAACGGAGAGACGAAAGUAUUUUCGUUUUCGUAAGAAAAUGAGUUUGAGUAUCAGUAAGUUUUUUUCCAAAAAGAAACAUCACAGUGGAAAUCAUCUGGAGACGUUGAAUACUGCUGCUGAAAUUGGACUUCCUACAAAUGUCUCACAUCAGUUUCAUGUCAGUAAAAAUAAGUUCACAGGACAAUUGGAGGGCCUUCCAGACCCGUGGAUUCGAUUAUUAAAUGCACAAAUUACAAAAUCGGAGCAAACGCAACAUCCGACGGCAGCUUUACAGGCUAUUAAGUAUUAUAAUUAUUCGAUUAAGAGAAAACCACAAGAGGAGGUUUUCAAACCGUUUGUAACGCAAGAUCUAAUCGAGGAAGAGUCACAGGAAAUCGAUAAGAUCUUGGCGAAAAAAUAUCAAUCCGGAGGUUCUGAUGGCUCGGCUUCUGCGAGUUCCACUGACAGUCAGAUUCAAAGGGUACCAGAAUUACCGCCGAAAUUGGGAAAACCACCGAAACCAGCCCCACGUCAACACACACGAACGGAGAAAACAUUGACUGAAAUAUUGGAGGAUUUAAGUAAUUAUCAAAUAGACGAUAAUUCUCCCGACGAAAUUCACGUGCCUCAAGAGCAAUUCAUACCCGACGCAGAGGAAAGUCCCGUCCUUCGACGUAAAGCCGAGUCAAUAAUCACAAGACUCGGCGACGAGGAAGUUUUCGAAGAACUCCGCCGAAUUUGUAACUGUAACGAUCCAAAUCAUCGUUUCAAACGAAGUAAAGAAGUCGGUGCAGGUGCAUCAGGAACUGUCUUCAUUGCCACCGACUUAACGAACGGCGAAAAAGUAGCGAUCAAAAUAAUCGAUCUCUCCAAACAAUUAAAAAAAGAACUCAUCCUCACCGAGAUAAAAGUUCUCAAAGAAUUCCAACAUCCAAAUCUUGUAAAUUUCCUCGACGCCUAUCUUCUCGACGAGCAUCUCUGGGUAAUUAUGGAAUUACUCGAGGGCGGACCACUCACGGACGUCGUCACCGAGACUGUGAUGAAGGAGGCGCAAAUCGCCGCCGUUUGUCGUGAAGUUCUCAAAGCCAUAAGUUUCCUCCACUCGAAGGGAAUUAUUCAUCGUGACAUUAAAUCGGACAAUGUUUUAUUGGGAAUGAGGGGUGAGGUGAAGGUGACGGAUUUUGGAUUUUGUGCGAAUAUCGUUGGCGAUGAGAAGAGGCAGACAAUGGUUGGCACUCCAUAUUGGAUGGCACCGGAAGUUGUCACUAGGAAACAAUACGGAAAGAAGGUGGAUAUUUGGUCAUUGGGAAUAAUGGCGAUUGAAAUGAUUGAAGGUGAGCCGCCUUAUAUGAACGAAGCUCCACUUCGUGCUCUUUAUUUAAUCGCCUCGGCAAAUGGAAAACCAUCGAUUCCAAGGUGGAACACUUUGAGUCCGAUCUUUCAAAAUUUCCUCGAAUGCUGCCUCGCCGUUGAGGUUGACGAGCGAUCGUCUGCCGAGGAAUUACUCGCACAUCCCUUCCUCGACAAUUGUGCCGAACUGAGUAGUCUUAAUCCGCUCAUUCGAGCGGCGCAAAAAGUUUUACACAAGGCUUUUUAAAAUUUAUUUUUUAAAAUUGAUUUUUAAAUUUAUUUUUAAAUUUAUUUUUCAAUUUAUUGUUAAAUUUAUUUAAAAAGCCUUGAAAUUUAUUUUUCUAUUCGAAAAAUUCUUCUUAGAUUUUUCUCAGUAGAGGAAAGUGCCACAAUUUUCACGCAUCACAGUUUUAUUCAUUGACUUUUGAAUUGCUAUCAAUUUGAAAAAAGAAUAUUUGAAAAAAUCUAAUUUCAAAGAGCGCUUUGGAAAUUUUUCCAAUUAAAGAUUUGAACCUUUUGAAUUCAAACGGAUUUUUGUUACUUUAAUACAGAAAACAGUAAAAAAAAUCCGAAAAACGGAAAAUUUAAUUUUUUUCAAAUAUACCGACGAGUCAGUGAAUUGAGACACUAUAAAAAAAUCAAAUACUGUAAAUUUAGAUUAAUUGAAAAAAGAAAGAAUUUAUCAACUUCAGACGUGAAAAAAUUCAUAGAAUUGAAUUUACUUUUUCAAACGCUAAAAAUAUGAAUUAAAAACAAAUUCAUUAAGAUUCAAAAAAAAAGUUGAUUUUAACGUAUCUUAGUCGAAUAAAAUACUCUCCUCUACUUUUUAUUCGCGCAUAAAGAACAAGCAAACAAAGUAGUGCCAAUUUUAUUUAGAGAGGCCAGUCACAAUUCUGUAUUAAGAUUUAGUAUUAAUUAGGGGACCAAACUUUAUAUGAAAUUGAUUUUUUUAAAGAAACCAAAUUUUAUAAAAGAAUUUUACACAAUUUUUUUUAGCCUUUUUACUAUUAAAUAUUAGACAAAAAAAAAUAAAAAAUGUGCCUGAGAGCAUUUUUGAUUGCUCAACGCUAAAUGCUAAUUAACCCAUAUUACUUAGUAUAUUAUGUAUAUAAAUAGAAUUUAUUUAACACAAUUGAGGGAAGCAAAGAUGUAUUUUUACUUCUAUAUAUAAAUAUAUUUAAUUUAGAUUGUAUUUUUAAAAAUGAAAAAAAGGAAAAAUUAAUCGAAAAUUAGACUGUGAUAUAAACGUGGUCUUGUUGAUAUAUAUAGAAAAAAAAAAGAAAAACGCAAUUUUUUUAACCAAUGUAACCGUGGAAAAUAAAAUGGACAAUAAAUACAUUAUUUACAAGUCGA